AUGGGGAUUCUGAGCCAACUAUCAAUCUUUCACCUCCUCUGGGCUGCUUUAGUCCUUUGUCAGUAUGAAGACUAUGACUUUGAGGAUGAGUACGAUGGGGAGCCAGAUCAUCAGCAGCCAUAUUACUUUAAUCCAGCCACACAAGCUGAAGCUCCUCGCUUUCCUUUUCCAGUUGAGUGUGCCAGAGAAUGCUUUUGUCCACCAGCUUUUCCCUUAUCGAUGUACUGUGAUCAUCGGAAACUCAAGACAAUACCAAAUAUCCCUAGUCAUGUCCAACAACUUUACCUGCAAAACAAUGACAUUGAAGCAGUGCCUGCAGGACCAUUCACUAAUGUGACCUUUGUAAGGGAAAUUAAUCUCAGCUACAACAAAAUAAAAUUCCACAGGAUUGACCAUGGUGUAUUUGCCAAACUUUCAAACUUAGUGCAGCUUCAUCUACAACAUAAUGAAUUAGAAGAGUUUCCGUUCCCACUGCCCAGCUCUCUGGAGAGACUUCUCCUUGGUUUCAAUAAGAUUUCCCAGCUACCUGGAACUGCACUGGAAGGAUUACCCAACAUCACAAUGCUUGACCUCUGCAAUAACUUACUUGAUGAUUCAGCACUCAAAGGAAAACCCUUUGCGAACAUGAAAAAUUUAGUGCAGCUCAACUUAUGCAACAACAAAUUAGAGACUAUGCCUCCUGAUCUACCAUCAUCACUCAUGCAUCUCUCUCUUGAGAAUAACUCCAUUUCUUACAUUCCAGAAAACUAUUUCAACAGACUUCCCAAAAUCAUUGCUCUAAGAAUGUCCCACAACAACCUGCAGAACAUUCCACGCAACACCUUUAAUCUACCCAACCUUCUGGAACUUAAUCUUGGACACAACAAAUUGAAACAAGUAUUCUACAUUCCAAGAAGUUUGCAGCAUUUGUACAUUGAAAACAAUGAUAUUGAAAACAUAAAUGUUACUUUGAUGUGUCCAACUAUUGAUCCCCUGAACAUCAAUCAGCUAACCUACAUUCGGGUGGACCAAAAUAAGCUGACGAGUCCUAUGAGCUCAUAUGCAUUUUUCUGCUUCCCUCUCAUUCGAACCAUUUAUUAUGGUGAACAGAACAUUACUGUCAACAAGGCCACUCGGCUCAGAUCACCUGUGUUUCGGCGGUUUUUAACACCAGAAGAAUACCAGGAAGCAGAAGACAAUCAUGAAACACAUGAUCAUGGAACUGAAGAAGAUGAUGAAGCAGAAGACAACUACUUUCACCCUUACUUUCAGUGA